UAACUACUGACUAUAGUUUAUAAAAUUCAAUAUGGAUGAUAUAGAAAAACUAAGUUGCAAGGAAGAAUUAGAUUUAAGCGAUGUGGAACAUUCAGCUACAGACGAUCAUAAGGAAAUGGAAGAGAAACCGAAGAAAAAUCGUAAGAAAAGACGUCGAGAAAUCGAUAUGAUAAAACUGUCUGACGAUGAUGACACUGAUGAUGAGGGUCUGGCAAAGAAGUUAUUGCGGAGACAUAGUCCUGGUCCCAAUUCUCCGGCAUCCCAUAGAGAGCCUCGUACUUGUGUAUUGAAGGCGAGUCAAAAGCGUCGGCCACUCUCCCGUCUUCUAGAGCAGUUGCUGCGUAACUUGGAGAAGCGAGAUCCCAACCAGUUCUUUGCUUGGCCGGUGAAUGAUAACUUUGCACCUGGCUACUCCACUAUAAUAAGACGACCAAUGGACUUCUCUACUAUGAAGCAGAAGAUUGAUGAUAAUGAAUAUAAAUCGCUCAAUUGUUUUAUUAGUGACUUCAAACUAAUGUGCAACAACGCAAUGAAAUACAACAAGCCAGGCACUGUAUACCAUAAAGCUGCAAAGCGGUUACUCCAUGCAGGGCUUAAACAACUAACGCCGCAAAAACUAAGACCACUUGGAGAUAUACUCACUUAUAUGUACGAGAUACCAAUACGAGAACUCGGCUUUGACAUCGGCAAAAUGGAUGUCCACAAGGUGCUGAAGCGCAGCAGCCCGCUGAAGAGCGGCGGGUCGGAGGCGGAGGUCGCGUCGGACGGGCAGGAGCGGCCCGACGGCGACGCGCGCAAGAUGCACAUGGAGGCCGCGCGCGAGCUGCACCGCCGCCGGCUCGCCAAGCAGGCAUUCCCCCGUAUGGACGCGGAUGGUAAGACCACGCUGUGCCUGGUGACGCACACGGCUGAUGCUGUCGAGGACAAGCCGAUAACACUGGGACAGUACAUUGGAAAAUUAAGUCAGGGCACCGGCACUUUACACACAACCCGUGAGGACCGUCGCAACUUGGCCAAAGGCGUGAAGCCGCUACACUACGGCCCCUUCAGCUCGUACGCGCCCGCAUACGACGCGACAUUCGCCACGCUCACCGCGCACGAGACUCACCUCGUGUAUCACACGCUGCCAUCAGAAACUGGGCAAGGCAACGAGGAGUUACUACGCUUCGCGCCCGACUCUCCUUGGGCGCUCAUAUACGAUAUGGAGGCGAUGUUCCCGGAGAAGAAACAGCAGCCCGAACCAACUGUACCUAAGGAUGAAAAUGAUCUAUCGAAGGUGAAGAUCGACAUUGACGAGCUGCGCACGCUGUCGGAGCUGGGCGUGGACACGGAGUUCCUCGCGGACAUCGAGGAGGAGGUGGUCGCGGCGCAGCACGACUACGGGAUCGCGCCCGCGCUGCGGCACACCGGCGAGCUGCUGCUGCGCCUCGAGCGCGAGCAGCGCGACCGCCUGUCCGCGCCGCCGCCGCACCACCUGGCGCUGUGCGCCCGCGCGGCGCCGCCCGAGCGCGAGCUGGCGCGCCUGGCCGCCGCCUGCCUGCGCGCCAUGCUGCAGCGCGUGCCGCCGCGCCACGUGGCGCCGCCCGCCGCGCUGCGCCGCGCCAUGGGCGUCACGCUCGCGCACCUCGAUACUCCGAUGGCAGUCGAUGACUUUGAAAUGGAGAUACACGAACAGAGAGACACCUCCGAUCCAGAUUCGAGAUCCAGUCACGAUAAAUAAAUGUUCUAUAAAAAUAAGUUCCUAUCUGGGAAACUUUAAAUUAACUCUGUUGAGUUUACGUUAUUUGUAAGUGAAGGAUGUUAUUGGUAAAGAAAUAAAAAAAAUAUAUAUUA